ACGGGGCCCCAGGCUGCGCGAGGAGGUGGUGCCUGCUCUUCCGGCGGGGGCGGGGCGGCAGGGGCGAUGGCGGCGGCGCGGACGCUCGUGGAGCUCUUCUACGAUGUGGUGUCGCCGUACUCCUGGCUCGGCUUCGAGGUACUCUGCCGGUACCAGCACAUCUGGAACAUUGAUCUGCGUUUUCGUCCAGCUUUUCUUGGUGGCAUAAUGCAAGCAACUGGUAACAAGCCUCCAGCAAUGUUGCCAAAGCGUGCCGAAUAUUUGCUGAAAGAUAUAAAAAGGAUGGGAAAGUAUUACCAAGUCCCUGUACAAAUUUCAGCAGAUGACUUCCAACGUAUCCUCGGUAAAGGCAGUCUUGGUGCCAUGCGCUUUAUCACAGCCAUUGAUAUGACACAACCACAGUUCUUGGAACCUGUAUCUAGAGAGUUCUGGAUACGUUUUUGGUCGCAGCAUGAAGAUAUCAAUCAGCCGGCAAGUAUAUUGGCUGUUGCAAGACAGGCUGGGCUAUCAUCAGAGCAGGCCCAGAAGCUACUUGAAAUGGUUUCAUCCCCUGCAGUGAAGAACCGUCUAAAAGAAACAACAGAGGAUGCAAUAAAAUUUGGGGCAUUUGGGAUGCCUGCUGUUGUGGCACAUUAUAAUGGGGAACAGCAUCUCUUUUUCGGCUCUGAUCGUUUAGAGCUGCUAGGAAGUGUUAUAGGAGAAAAAUGGCUGGGACCAGUUCCUUCACUUCCAAGCCCCAAGAUGUGAAAGGGGGAAAAUAGAAGGAGAAAAAAAAAUUUAUAUAUAUGUAUGUCAUGUGUGUGUGUAUACAUAUAAAAAAUUGUAUAUACAUAUAUAAAAAUGUGUGUGUGUGUGUGUAUGUGUGUAUACGUGUGUGUGUGUGUAUAUAUAUACACAUAUAUAUACAUAUAUAAAAAAAUAAGCGGCAAUAUUGUUUUCCUUACAGAACAUCCCAGAGAUAUGGUAUUUAUGCAAAUAUGGUCAAUCUCUGGUGAUCAUUUGAAUGUAUGCAAUUUAUGGAGAGAUAGCUUUCUCUUCCUUAACUUCUAAUUUUACAGCUCAGUCUCAUCUCCAAAUAAGAUGAAAUUUGAGGUUUGCCAAUAUUACCUGUCUGGUCAGGUCUUUACAAACACCAGUAUGCUGCUUUUCUCUCAGCAGAUUUGUUGAACAUUAAAGAUUUCUUACAGAUUAAA